UUGGCUUUUCUCAAAGACAGUUGCUUCAAGCAGCUUUGCAAUUCAGAAAAUGGGACCCAGUCUAUUUCUGAUUAGCCUACUAGAGUUUUAUCUGAGCUUCUGCACAGAAUGUUUAUAUAGUGACUUCAACAUAAUUUCUAUCUUUGUGUUGUGGUUGGUCCUCCUCUUAUUCAUUUUCUUCAUGGGAAUUCCAUCAAUCCCAACCUUCUGGAAAAAUGAAUGUACACAAAAGCAUGAGGGCAGAGUCAAGAGGAGAAGGAAAGUUGGGACAGGGGCAGGUUCAACAUAUUACCAGAGCGAUGGGGAAGAGGAAAGGGAGCUGAUUUCUUUCCUGAAAAGCCCCCUGGGACGGAAUCAUGAUUCCAUUCACUUUCGUCAACUUUUAUGUCCAGACCCCUCCUGUGACACAUGUAACAAUGCAACUGCUGAAAUCAAUCGGCUUUUCUCAAAGACACUGGAAGAUUCUACUCCAUCUGUGUCCCCUGUGGUUUCCACAGCUCCUGUGACAGCUCUUGUGACAGAGCCUUCAUCCCAUCAGUCUUCUGCUUUCCCUGGAGUCCCUCUGACUGAACCUUCCCCACCACCCCCCUCAGUUCUCCCCUUAAACUCAAUGACGACCUUGCAUAAUUCCCUUUCACCCUCACCAUCAUGUCAAACUCUGCCUACAGAGCCUUCCUCUCACUCAGAAUCCGAACUUCCAGUACAGAAGUCCCCACCUCAAACCAAAGACUUGUUCUCUUCAACCUUGACAAAAUAUGAUUUCCAGCAAAAGUUGCCUGACAUCCAUUCUACAAAGAUCCCUUCUGUGGAAGACUCUGCAGCCAAACUUAUAGAUCCUACACAACUCUUCUUUCUCAGCCCUGAUGAGCAUGACUCAGUAGAGCAGCACUCAUAUCCUAAGACCUGGGAGGACAAUUUAAAGCAAGAAGUUAUCCAGCUUUUCUGGGGUCUUCCAUCUCUGCACAGCGAGUCCUUGCUCUCCACUGUCCAUGUCUCCGGUGACUAUUCAAUCUUCAAUAGCAUCUCAAAUGCCUUUAUAGGCCAAGAAUCCCCAGGACUUCCUUAUUUCCUACCUCCAUCCUUCCCUACGGUCCAACCUCAACUUCUGCCUCAAACUCUGCCCCUAUGCCAUUACUUACCUCUCACUCAGCUUCAAUCACAGGUCCACCUUCAAUCCCCACUCCCAAUCCUACCAGCUGGUCCCAUACACCAGACUCAGGUCUGUGGAGUGUAUUGCCAUACACCCCUGAAUGAAUCAGGAAGUUUCAUCUCAUUUGAUAUUGAACAACUGGAAUGGAAUGUGUUAAAGAAGAAACAGGAAGGUUUGUGGGGUUUACCCUCUCUGGAUAAAAGUUCUUGGGAAGCCUGCUCUCCUUCAGCUCCCACCUCUCCUUAUUGUGGGCCCUCCAAGGCCCAUACUUCCAUCUCCAUAGAUCAUUCUGAGUUUCAUCUCAGCGUUGAGUUUAGAAAGAAAUUUGAGCAUCACCUUAGAAAGAGGCUCAUCCAACACCGGUGGGGCCUGCCCCGCAGGAUCCAUGAGUCUCUGUCACUCAUGAAGCCUAGAUGCGAUUGCUCAGAAAUACCUCAGCCAAAGUGCUGCUAUGGCCUCUCAUGGAUCUCUAUGUAUAAGGCCCAGGAUAGUAAAAUUCUAAAUAGAGUCACCCCAUCAGCAGACUUCUAUAAGAAGGGCUCAGAAAUGUUUCAGCUGUCUGAUGAUGAGACAGACAGCUUAGCUAGUUAUCCAAAAGGAUUGUUGACUGACUCUGACAGUGAUUCAGAUAAGGAUCUGGGAAAUGACUGUGAUAUGAAGAGUGUGACAAGGCAGAAUGUAAGUCAGAGACAACUGCCAAAUUUACUGAAAAUACAUCUGAGCAAAAAAUUUGAGGAAAUCAGUGAGAGUCAGCUCCUUGGUACUGUGCAGAGUUCACAGCACUCUAUCCAGCAUACACUUUCUGUAGAAUCCAACAGGGAAAUUAAACAGAGAGGUCUGCCACCAUCAGUGGGUGGGGACUACUGUCGGAACAAGUCACAGGACCUCUCCUUCCUUGAGGCGGGUGCACUGGAGAUGCUGGAAGACCACGAUACCAACUUGCCUAUGAAGACAUUAGGAGGCCUCCCUGACAAAGUCCUUGAAUCCAUAGAGGAUCAAGGCACUACCUCCCAUUCCUUGAUCAAUCCUCACUCUUCCUCCUCAACCAAAGUGAUUUCUGAGGUGAGCACUGAAUAUGGAGCCUUCACACUUCUGAAAGGAAGUUCUGAAUCGCUUUACAGUGACCCAGUCAGAACAGAAACUAUAGCCCCAGACCUGAAUCUUCAUCUCCCUGCCACCUCACUUGUGGAUAAGAAGGGACAGGGGAUUCAACACAGACUUUCUGAGGAAAUUCAGAUAAUUUUGGAAGCCAAACCAACUCCUCUGUUUGUCACAAACACCAUCCAUGGCAAAACAAGUCAGAGUCAUUCUCUGACAGGCAACAUUCAACCUCCCAAGCUGCCUGCAAGGCAAGCAAAUAGAGAAUCUGCACCAAAGAAUAAGAGUGUGACGUCUACUGACAGAACUGAAAUGCAAGAGGCCACAAAUAGGGAUGAAGCAGAACCUGCUUCCAUGCCCACCGUGCCCAGGGGUUUAGCCAGGGCUGAGGAGUUCUAUGCUCUUCAGUCUGUAACAACCAGCAAGCCAGGAAUCUCCCAAAACAUAAACAAAGACACCACUGUGACUACUGAAAACCCCCCAUCUAAAAUAUCAGAUCGAGCUCCUAACUUAUCAGAACUUAGAAAGCAACUAAUUGCUGAGAUGAACUUAAAGUUGGAGAGCAGAAAGCAUAGCCAGGCCCAAGGCCAACCGCUGGACAUGUCCCAUGACCCUGACAGCUUGACUUACAAAGCCUCCCUGACUCCUGCCAAGUGUGUCUCCUGUGUGACCAGGGAAGUUCACCAGGUGCUGCAUGUCCAUUCGGAGGACAGCACAGUCAGGAUGGAGAAGCAGCAGGAACCUUGGCUUCCCAGGCAUGCAUUAAGGACCUGCCAGGAUCAGAAUUUCCCACCAGCUGUAAAGAGAGAUAUCCUGUGCCCUCCCCCAAAGCCUACAGGCCCCAAAUAUGAAGAGCUUGGUGCGGGAGAUGCACGACUGAGAAUUUCCCAACCCAGAGGGAAGAGAUUUCCUUCUCAGGACACAGCUUUAGAGGACAUGCAUGGGAGCAAGUCUUCCCACAGCCUAGCACAGAAGGGACAGGCCCCUUCUGACAGCCUUUUCCUAAAUAAAAUGAAGAGCCUUUUUCAAAGGCUUCGUCCUGCAAUCACAUGGACAAUGCAAGAAACCACCCAGGAAAUGGGAAGGCACAUAUCAUCUGCACAGAGCAGAGGCCCAGUUAAAAGCAGAGCUUCCUUUACUGGAACCGCGCAAGUCCACAGAGUCAUGUCAGACAUUGGGAAGUUUCCAGAAGAGAAACGGGGGCGUAGGCAUGCAGGAGUUACCACCUGCCCUCAAGAGCCCCUUCCCUCUGCAGCGCAGUCUGGGAAACGUGUGCAGAAGGGAGCAGUGCAGGCCAGGGUAAAGCCAGUCCAGGGGUGUCCUUUAAACUGCAGGGCUCCCUUCUAUAACGUGACAAAUAUGAAGUCUGGCCUCCAAGCAGCUAUCUCUGAUGACCAGAGAUCUGCAAGUAUUAGACAUACCGGGAAUGAGGACAGUUCCCGCUCAAAAGCUGUGGCAUUAAAGGGCCAGCAAAUAUGUCAGAAACACCCCCAAUCUGUGUCCCUAAAGGGGACUGUGCCCCAUCCAAGCCCCACCUGCAGGCCUCAAGCUGCCAAGGGGCCUCCUGCUGUUCUCACCGCUGCUGGAGGCACUGCUUUCAACAAUCGGUCUCCCCAAUUUAGACACACAAUGCUUCUCUAUAAUUUCCAGCGGGAAACAUUUCCCACCCCCAAAUAAUUCCUUCCUCGAGGGGAAUAUUGACUUGCCUAAUAAAUGUUUCUAUAAUAAUA